CUCUUCCUCAGUACUUUACACGUUGAAGCCACAACAACCAAGGUUCCUCUCUUUCAGCACAUCUGAACGAACAUAGAAGAGAAGCACAUAACUGCUUUUUGCUUUAACCUCCACCACUGGGGAAUUCAGUGAAAUAUACAGCACCCACAUUUCUCUAAAAUUAAAAGAGCAGUUAGUGUUUGAAGGACUGGUUUCCUGAACACACCCUCUUGCGUUGAGGCUGCAUCCAACUUCAUUUCAUCUUACAUCUCAGACCAACAGCAUCUACCAACAUUAGUUCCAAGGAUGCCUUUGGGAGGAGGAAAUAAAUGUGGCCGCUGUUCGAAGACUGUUUACUUUGCAGAGGAAGUCCUGUGUGAUGGGCGGAGCUUCCACAAGUCCUGCUUCCUGUGCAUGGUGUGCAGAAAGAACUUGGACAGCACAACCAUGGCAGCCCAUAUGGAUGAAGUCUACUGCAAGGCGUGCUAUGGCAAGAAGUAUGGGCCAAAAGGCUACGGGUAUGGUCAGGGUGCUGGGACCCUCAGUAUGGACAAAGGAGAAUCACUGGGUAUUACACAGGACACACCUGCCCCUCAUCGUCCGACCACCAACGCAAACCCCUUCAAGAUGGCUCAGAAGUUCGGGGGGUCAGACAGGUGUCCCCGCUGCGGCAAGGCUGUAUAUGCUGCUGAGAAAGUGAUCGGAGCCGGGAGUGCCUGGCAUAAGAUUGGAUGUUUCACCUGUGCCACAUGUGGGAAAAGCCUUGAGUCUACCACACUAGCUGACAAGGAGGGAGAAAUCUACUGUAAAGGCUGUUACGGCAAAAACUUUGGGCCAAAGGGAUUUGGGUAUGGACUAGGAGCCGGGGCAUUGGCACACACCCAGUGACGUCCUGAGUGGCACGUCUCCAUUAUACUGAGCUGCUUUCCAUGCCUGCAGAGGCGAGGCUGCUACAGUUCAUACAGGGAAAGCAUCCUUCAUACAACACUGCAUUAGAAAACCUCUAACAGUCAUCACACAAACACAAAGAGCGCAAAUGCUAUUUAAUCCUAAAUAUUUCUCUGUUACUGGUUAUAGAUUGAUUAGCCUACAUUUAUUGUCCCUGAAAAAAAUGGGCAUCUUGUUCCAUAGAAAAUGGAAGAGUAGCACCAACGAUGUUUAGGCUUGGAAGGGGCCAACAUUCUUUAUUUAUCACACUUUAUAGUCAGUCAAUCAACUAUCUAGUCUUAGCUGUACGGUGACUUGUGCUAAUGCUUUGAAUUAACUUUUAAUAUUUGAAUUAGAGUGAGAUGUUUUGUUUUCAUGAAAAUUAGAGAUAAAAUGCAGUAAAUGCUUCUUGUCAGUUUAUAUUCCAGACCAGAAAUUAAUAGUUUAGUUUGAAAAAGCUUUUUUUCUUUUUUAUAUAAUUAUAUGCUGUAAAUAAAUCUGUAUUUGCACACGUUCACUAAAAGGGAAAUAAAGCAGCCAGGUUGUUCGGAUGUAUUUAGAUUUUAAUGAAAUGUCUCCUAAACAUUUUAUCCAUUUUCUCCAAACAUUGUAGUGACUCUCCUGCUGCUCACAAGAUCACGAGAUAAAUCCCAUAUCUUGUCAAAAAAUGGGAGAAUAAAGAUGGCUUUAAAUCAGUACUGUCAAAAUGUGAGAAAGAAUUACCAGCGUUUUCCUUUUUGUAAGAUGUUUGGAUUGGAAGUGUUCAUGUAACUUUGUUGGCAGUAUUAUUCAGAGUGUUUGAUUUGUCACAUGAAUCACAUACAAUAAAAUAAGUUCACACUGAAAA